AUGGACAGCGACUUGUCGGCUGAGAUCGCCCGCAUCGAGGCAGAACUGGCGCAAGAUGCAGAGAUGCGCCAGCAGCAACAACAGCAGCUGCAGCAGCAGCCCCCUGCCUCGCUGUUCGGCUUUGGCCAGACAGUUUCUGUCCAGCCGCAACAGCAGCAGCAACUGUUCCAGGUCCUCCCACAGCAACCACAGCAACAGCAAUCCAACCCCUUCAACGUCAAUGCCAGUCCCUUCAUGCUAACACCGCCGCAGCCUGAUUACUCGCACCAACAGCAGCAGCAGCAGUCCAUGGGAUGCGUUGGACAGGCCGCCGCGCACGCCUCUACAGCAACACCAACCGCCCACAGCUUCUCCAAGGACACGGACAGCCGCUCGAUCUUCAUCGGCAACUUGCCAAGAGGCGCUGACGGCACCCCGGCAACGACGCCGGAGGAGCUAGUGCAGUUCUUCGCCGACUGUGGCAGCAUUCUCAACUGCACAGUGUUGAAGGACCGCGCGACAGGGGAGCUGAAGGGCACCGCCUACAUCGAAUUCGCUGACCACACGGCGAUGGGCAAGGCCAUUGACACGAAGAACAACGCCAGCUUUAAAGGCAGCACCAUAAUAGUAUGUGUGAGUACUUCCCCUCUCUUUCUCUUGCACUUUUCUUUCGCUAAUUUUUUGAAACCAUGCCGUGGCCUCAUACGAGGUGGGAGUGCGUGUGAACAGAGUGUGUCCGUCUGA